ACUAUUGUCUCGCUGCUCUUAUUUUUUAACCUUGCCUUGGUCAAUGGGUAUUUUCAUUAAUCAAUGGAUACGCAUCUGAUUCUAAUGCUUGAACUAGGUUUGGAGAAGACAGUGCCAUGAAGAUGGUCGACUGGGUCGAAGAAAACUAUGACUCUGAAAAGGAGACCUGCUCAGUUCUGGAUCUCGGCUGCGGCAACGGUCAUCUCCUUCUCGAUCUCGCAGAACUCGGCUUUGAAGAUCUGACCGGCAUCGACUACUCACCCGCUGCCAUUGAGCUCGCACGUGCUGUCGCCAAGGACAAGGAACUCGAUCAUAUCAUCAAAUACGAGGCCGUUGACUUUUUGGCAGAGAAGGAGACACUGGGAUGGUGCACUCAACAAGCAGGAGCCGAAGGAAAUGGUCUGCCCAAGAAGUUCAAAGUCUUGCUGGACAAGGGCACUUACGACGCCAUCAGCUUGCAUCAGAAAAACAAGCGGGACGCCGAUGUUACUGCUGCUGCUGCUGCUGCUGCUGCCACUAUUGCAGAUUCUGAUGGGGCAUCAAAAGAGGCCAAAGAGGAGGCUACUGCAGAGACGGCGAAGACAAAGGACGACAUCGUGCUCGCCGAGAAUGAUGACAACAUGGAGGAACUCGCAGACCGGUACCCCAAGCGUGUGGCGUCGAUGAUGCAGGACGAUGGACGCUUACUAAUCACUUCUUGCAACUGGACCCAAGCGGAGCUGAUCCAGCGGUUCUCACAAGGUUUGUAUCGUGUCUGCAGAGAACCCAUCUUUUCAUACCGAAAUAGGUUCAGAAAUUAACUUUUAAUGUUUUAUGUGCUCAAUGUAGUGUUCGAGUACGACUCACAUCUCAAGUACCCUACAUUUACUUUCGGGGGUGUCAAGGGUCAGACGAUAUCCAGCGUUGUCUUCAAAAAGAAAGCAUCAUCGUCAUUGACAUAGAGACAGUAAUAAAUCGUCAACUGCGCCCUUUAAACAAAUUUGAGCAAA